GUUGUCACUACAGCUUUUUGGCAACAGUGUGCGACUAUUAGAUCUAAUGUACAUAAUUAAUAUGAUCAGAGGGCAUUGAUUCAUAUCCUCUGGAUUAAUAAUUAACACAGUUCUAAAGAUUGUUGGGAAAGCAGGGAAAAGGCAGCAUGACAACCAGGCAAUACAGCAAUUUCUGAGAAGAAAGCAAACCAAACAUUUCUACAUUUGUCAAACAGCCUUGCAAUAAAUAUGUACGCACAUUAAAAUAUUGUAUUAUUACCAUGAGUGUAAUUUCCAAUAUCAUAAGAUUAAAAUGAAAAGAAAUAUAUUUUCAAGAAACCGGCAAGUCCCAUUUACCUCGGUACUAGUAGCCUCGGUCUCACCAACCACAUCGCAUCCGUAAACUAAAUUUUUAGGCCAGGUCUCAGAGGCCUCUGGAGACGAAUUUGUUGAUAUAACGAGAGAGUACAAAACGAGCAACCAUCAUGGCUGAGUUGGGUGUAAAUGAGCAUCACCAGCUGCAAAUAGUCAACUAUAUUCGAUUUGCUCGUUACCAAAGAGGACAGAGAUUGCGAGCUGUUGAUGUCUGUUUUGAGGAAUUAAAGGAUAGCAGGUUGACAGAUGACACGUUUACCGUGGAUGAAGUUGUCGACAUGCUUGACGGCCUUCUGGCUGUGGUGAGGUCAGAGGUUGAGUCGGAGCUGAUCCACACGGCACACACCAAUGUACUUAUGACGCGACAAAUGUGCAUGCAGGCUGAGAAGUGGCAUCUAAAGCUGUCCGCUGAUAUCUCGGAACUGGAAAAUAGGGAAUUGCUAGAACAGAUCAAGGAAUUUGAAGAAAGAGAAUUUUCUGGAGCCAAGAGAGACAAAGACUUUGUUCCCAAAAAAUUAAUGCCUAUCAAUGAUACCGGUUUAACAACUUUGCUAAAUAUGAAAAUCGAUGAACUUCAGUCAGAGAAUGAAAUGUUGCUUCAGAGACUGUCCAAGUUUGACAAGGAGUUCGCCAGCAAUUACCAGAGAACCAAGUCGCUGACCUCUGACCUUGAGCGCAUGCAGGAUGAACUGAGAGCAAAGGGCACACGGCCGAACGCUUCACAACAGGAAGUGGAGGAGAUGACCCGCAGGAUGUCAGAGCUGCAGACACAAAUUGACCAGGAACGUAAGAAGGGCCAGGUGUCCUCAGAGCAGGCUGAGAAAGAAAUGGCCAACACGAAACACGAACUGCUCAGGAUACGAGAGAUGUUGGAGAUGGCGGAGAAGGAACUGGAGAAAAAGGUGAGCCAGACCACACCGUUCAAAAACCUCAAGCAGAUGUUACAGCGCAAGAAUGACCAAAUGAAAGAACUACGCAAACGUUUGAUGAAAUAUGAACCAGUGACUGAUGAUUAGACACCGUAGUGGCCAGCCGAGUCUGAGAAGGUGACAUGAAUGAAGGAAUGAAAGAGUUGACUCUGGAGGAGUAGACAGAUCUGAAUGUCACUCUCUGAAGUGACUUGCUUUGUAAUCAUGAGUGUGUGUUUCGUUACCAUUCUCCCUGGGUGUGCCUUUUUUUUGUUGUCUCAUCAGGAAUACCUCCCCUCCCGUGUGAUAUUGUUUAUGUGGUGAUUAAGGUCAUCUUUGAAAAGCUGAAUUAAAUUCUACUCAUUCUUUUUUUUUUUUAGUUUAUCUUUUAACACUUUGCCAUCACAAGGCUCAUAUAAUAAAAACCCUUACCAUCAAAGGCAAAGGCAUUUCGGGGGAAAAUCCAAGGAAACUGGGUGGUAAACGAAGCAGAUCGGCGAGAUGUGACUACAAAAUGUUAAAUGCUUCAGCAAAGAGAAAACUGGAAGCCCAGAACAUGUUUUUUUUAGUUCUUUCUGUCUGUGUGGGACUCGUCUAUUUUACCAAA